AUGGAGGGAAAUAAUGAGGACGAACGAGUUAGGCGUACGUUGGAAGAUUAUGCUUCUGUGUCUGUACCUUCAUCUUUCAACAGUAUAGCCCGACCUGUGGUAAAUGUUGCUCAUAUGGAAAUGAAACCUGCACUGAUUCACCUUGUUCAAAGUAAUCAGUUUACAGGAAUGUCACACGAAAAUCCCUAUGAUCAUCUGACAACUUUUACUGAGAUUUGGAGUCUGACUGCUUGGGAUGACGUAGUGGCAAAAUUUUUGACUAAAUAUUUCCCCCAAUCCAAGAUCAAUAAAGGCAAACAGGAAAUAUCCUCCUUUCAACAAGAGCAUGAAGAGUCGUUGAGUCAAACAUGGGAGAGGUUCAAGGGGUUGCUGAGAAAAACUCCAAUUCAUGGAUUUGACAUUCCCACUCAAUUAAACCUUUUCUUAGGAGGUUUAAAAUCUCACACAAAGCUUAUGCUAGAUGCCUCUGCUGGAGGUAACAUUAGGUGGAAGACACCUGAUGAGGCACAAGAAAUAAUUGAAAAUAUGGCAUCUAGUGAUAACGAUGUCCAAAGUGAGAGAGUGCAAAUGCAAAAGAAAGGAAUGUUUGAAUUGCAAUCCCAAGAUGCCUUGUUAGCCCAAAAUAAAAUCAUGACUCAACAACUUGAGUCUUUAAUGAAAAAGUUGUCACAAUUACCCAAGGAACUCCAAACUGUAUCACAGGCACAACAUCAUCAAACUGUGCAAGGUUGUGAAUUGUGUGGUGGAGAGCACCAAAAUGGACAGUGUGCUAUUCAGUCCAAUGCUAAGGAAGAGGUAAAUUAUAUGGGAAAUCAAGGCCGUUCGGGCAACUAUGGAAAUUAUAAUCAAGGAUGGAGACCUCAUCCUAGCAUGGGUCAGGCUAGUUCUAGUAGACCACCACAACAACAGUUUCAACAACAACCUAAUCUUUCUGAUAGGACAUCCAAACUAGAAGAAACUCUUCAACAAUUCAUACAAAUGUCCAUAUCAAAUCAAAAGAGCACAGACGCCUCUAUUAGAAAUUUGGAGACACAAAUGGGUCAACUUGCAAAGAAGCUUGAGGAGACAUCUGAAAAGAAAUUUGUGGCUAAUAAUGAAGUUCACCCCAGGGAGGAAUGUAAUGUCAUAAUAACCAGAAGUGUAAAAGAAGUGGGGUUUGAAGAUAAGGAGAAGCCGACAAAUAAAGAGAUUCAAGCACACAAAGAGGAUGAUCAAAAGAAGGUGAUUAAAGAAGAAAGUAGAAACAGGAAGGAAGAUGGAAGACAAAAAGAGAAAGUAUUGGUGAAGCAACUUCCUUAUCCUAAAAAUACUUCACAGAAGGAUAAGGAAAGAAAAAUGGAUCGGUUCAAGAAGAUAUUUAAUCAACUUGAGAUUACUUUGCUCUUGACUGAAGCACUGCAACAAAUUCCUGCUUAUGCAAAAUAUGUGAAGCAAUUCCUCAGUAAAAAGAAGAAGUAUUUAGAUGAGGAAACAAUUGAAGUGCAGGGAAAUUGCAGUGCAAUUAUGCAGAAAUCUCUACCUCCAAAAGUCAAAGAUCCAGGGAGUUUCACUAUCCCCUGCACCAUUGGAAAUCAUGAUAUAGGGAAGGCUCUUGUUGACUUAGGGGCUAGCAUCAAUUUGAUGCCCCUAUCUAUGCUCAAAAAGAUUGGUGACCUUGAAGUCAAGUCAACAAGAAUGAUCUUGCAAAUGGCAGAUAGGUCCAUUAAGCAUCCUUACGGUGUAGUGGAAGAUGUGGUGAUUAAAGUUGAUAAACUAAAAUUUCCUGUUGAUUUUGUAGUAAUGGAAAUGGAGAAAGGACAAAAUCAAGAGGAAAAGACUAGUUCCAAAGUAAAAGAUGAAGUUUUAGCAAUUACUAGUCUUCCAAGGCAAGUUGCCAAGUUGGCCAAGAAGAAUCUUAAUUGUUUCAAUCCAAAAGUGAAGGAAAGAGAUGAAAUAAGGAGAAGCAAAGAGUUCACCAACAAAUUGAAGUGA